GAAGCCGGACUACCUGAACCAGGAAGAGGGGGAGUUCCUCCAGGCAGACACGGUCGUCGUCGCCGAGCACCUUGCAGCGCCCGCAGCACAUCCAGGCGAUCAAGAGGCUUUGCAAAAGUGGCUGGCCGGUAACCUCGCAGAUUUCGGCUGGCACUUCCCUGCGAGACUUCCAUGGUGGAGCGCGGGCAAUGACGCGCAAGCGGUUCUCGCGCGGCACAUUGAUGCGCUGUUUGUCGCUUUCUACCUG